UAUAAUUCAAAGCUUGGCUAACUAGAACGAAUCUAAAAAAGUACAAAGAAGCAACAAACUGCAGCAUUAAAUUUUGUUAAGGUUGACGCACUAGUUGCUGAGACCAUGACUCUGAGGUCAAAACUACGCCAACUGAACGAUGAGUCUGAGAAACUACGGCUGGGGAACGAAGCUUUAUUGGUAACAGUUUACGCAAACAUAUCACUUAUAUACGUACUGCAAGUAAUCUACUUGUAGUGGAAAGUCAGCUAGCCGCUUGCUUAGAUUUGUAGCUCUCUAUAUUCCGAGCAGAAAUUGAUCUAAUAUCAUCCUUGAGCAGAAAAGAUUCCUGAGUGCGAUCUGAUCUGUAACCACUUGACUGGUGAUGAUAGAUAGGUUUAGUUAUAUUUUCUAAGCGAAUGGACUAGAGACAAGGGGACGUAGUAGUUUAUGGUGGCUUUAAUUAGAGUACUUUUCAUGUGAUUUGUGUAAAUUUUUCCAAACUUAUUCUGUUUACCAUUCUAUAAGGGGAUGGAUAGCAAAUCUAUUUUUAUUCAUUUCUUUAUUUUUAUUUCAAAAUAGAAUAAAGUUUUAACGUAUAAUUCAUUUUAGUUAAGAAGUUAUUUUAUUAAAAAAAAUACAUUAGACUUAUCUAAAGCGUAUUAAUUAUUUAUAUAAGACGUUAUUUUAUUUUGAAGAAAAAUUGAGUGAUACGAGAUGUUAGUUUUAUUAUGUAUAUCAUUUAAUAUAUAUAUAUAUAUAUAUAUAUCAACGUGCUUCCCUCAACCGGUAACGUGAGCCUGUUUGUGUUACACUGCAAGUUACUUGUGAAAACAUUGAGCAGUUCAAGUUCCAGAGAGCCAAAGGGCACGUCAGGUUAAUAAUUUCAUUGAUAUACACGGAGAAGAACAGAGAUCACACAAGUCCUACGCAUUCCAUGGCCGCGGCAGAGAUGUUUCUUAAACCGGUGCUUCAGAAACCACCCGGCUACCAUGAGCUUCACGCGCCUCCUGAAACUCCAAACGCAUUAUCAUCUUCAUCCACGCUUCGUCGCCGGCCACCUAAGUAUAUGAUCCCGCCGUCCUUUUAUCCGGAUAAGAAGAAAAAGUGGAGUCGUUGCCGCGUCUUUUGCUGCUGCUUCUGCAUCACCGUCGCAAUAUUCAUCCUCCUCCUUAUCAUCGCCGUCUCCGUCUUCUUCCUAUGGUACAGCCCGAGACUCCCCGUCGUACGACUCGCCUCCUUCCGCGUCAGCAACUUCAACUUUUCCAACGGGAAACCCCGCGACGGUUUGUCGCACUUGACGGCGGACGCUUCGGCGAGGCUCGAUUUCAGAAACCCCAAUGGGAAGCUACGGUACUAUUACGGCGACGCUGACGUGGCGGUGAUCGUAGGAGAUGGCGAUUACGAGACGAGUCUAGGGUCAACGAAAGUCAAAGGGUUUGUGCAAAAGCCGGGGAAUCGGACGGUUGUGAUCGUUCCGGUUAAAGUGAAGAGAGAAGAGGUGGAUGAUCCGACGGUUAAACUGCUUCGAGCGGAGAUGAAGAGUAAGAAGUUGGUGGUGAAGGUGACAGCUAAAACGAAGCUGGGAUUGGCUGUGGGAAGGCGUAAGAUUCUUACGGUGGGGAUUACUCUCAGAUGCGGUGGCGUGACGUUACAGAACCUGGAUAAACAGAUGGCUAAAUGCACCAUCAAAAUGCUUAAAUGGAUUAAGUUGCACUCAUAAGCAAUGAUCAUGAUGAUGGAUAUCAUUUUUCAUCAAAGAUUCAUCAGAACGUUAUACGACUCGAAGUGUUCAGGCUUCACGAAAGUGUCACAGUAUCUGAUUUUUGUUGUCCUUAUUGUUUUUUACUGAAAGAUUGCAUAUAAAUGAUUUGUGAUCCAAUAUUAAACCAUUCGUUAUCAUUUUAAUUUCGAUUGAUUAUAAAUAUGUAUCUCAGGAGGAAUAUAAAUGUAUUCACACAUUCGUGUACGUGUGUUCGUGUUCAGAGUUAUUCAGACAUAACUAACCCUGCCACAUGCUUAGCAAAAUAAAGGUACGUCCUGUUUCGUGCUUUACAAUUCUAUGACACCAUAUGCCGUUUUAUCAAGAAAAGACGGUACACAUUUCCUCGAUAGGUUACUAAAACGGCAUGCACUCUUCAAAAACACACGAAUUAUUCAACUAAUCCACAAGUUACUAAGAGUCAUAAAAAUAAUGGAAAUUUAAGACGCAACCAAAACCUGUAAACACAAACUCAGUAGUAGCAAAUAGGUUUUGCUAUCUAUAGUUGGCCUCUCACUUAUUUGAUUCAGAAGAACACUCUAUCUAUAAAUAGAAAGAAAGAACGAAAAAAAAAGAUGAAAUAGAACCCUAUAGCCUUUCAUCCCUUCAACGGAUGCUGGCAGGAGAUUCAAAUAAAAGCACCUAAGUUUCGAGCUUCUCUUCUGUCUCCUAGGCUACAAAAGUAGAAAGUGUGCUCUCUUCUUGAAGAUAUCAUCAAACUGACUCAGUCUGAUAUCCUAAACUCAACUCCUAAAACGUCUUUCACCAUCUCAUAUGUCACAAAUGUCAAUAUUACUAAUUAUAAAUGUAAGUUAAUUCAUUAAAGGUGUCAGUGUAAUCAACCAUCGUGAGAGUUAACGUAAAAGCGACACAUAGGAAACUGACUUCUCAAAUAAUAUUAUAGAGAUAGUUUUUUUUUAAAUAUUUCACCUAGAAGCAAGUUGCUCCAACUUUGUUUUUGUUUUAAUAGUAUUAAUAUAUUUAUAUUACAUAUAAUGUACACAUUAGAGCUCUUAUAAAACUUAACUAGAUUUUAAUCCGCACACCCGUGCGGAUAACAUUUCAUUUAUAGAUAUAAAAUUUUAUAUUAUUUUGUAUAGAAUAAUUUAUGAUAAUAUAUUACUGUCAUUUUUAAAAUAACUUAAUAGAUGAUAUAUAGUUCUAAAUAUUAAAAUUUAACAUAUGUUAACAACUUUAUUUUUUGUAAAAAUUAUUACAUAAUUUAUGAAUAUUAAUCAUUUUAAAAGGUGAAUGAUAUUUAGUCACUUUAAACGGUGAAUGAUAUUUUAUUUAUUUAUCUUAAUUAAAUUAUUUUUCAAAGUAUAUUGGUUUACCAAUUCAACAUAAUUUUAAUAU